AUGAUGUUGGGUUUUUCAGUAUGUUUAGUCUUGUUACUAUGUCAUUCUAUAACUGUGUCACAACUGCGAAAACUUGAUCCAGAUUGUGAUUAUAAUAUUACACAAUUGAUUCAAAGUAAAGGUUAUCCAUGUGAAGAACAUAAAGUAAUUACAAAUGAUGGCUAUAUUCUUGGUGUUUUUCGUAUUCCAUACGGUCGAAAAUCAUCAGCAAAAGGACGACCUGUUCUUCUUCAACAUGGUCUUCUCGAUACUGCUACCACAUGGGUAAUCAACUUUUCUGAUCAAAAUCUUGCUUUUAUUCUACCGGAUACUGGCUAUGAUGUUUGGCUUGGUAAUGUUCGUGGAAAUUAUUAUUCACGUGCACAUGUUAAAUACAAUCCUGAUUAUGAUGAAGAAUUUUGGGAUUUUAGUUGGGAUGAAAUGGCAAAAGAUGAUCUUCCAUCAAUGAUUAAUUAUAUACUAAAUGUAACAAAAUAUACACAAAUUGGUUAUAUUGGACAUCAAAAAACACCUUUAAGAUAUUUAGAUACUGACAGUAAAGAACUCGAGUGUUAUUGGCAUAAACUCUUUGGUCGAAAUGAAUUUCUACCAACAUCUCCUGUUCUACAAUGGCUUGGAAAAUAUGCUUGUGGAGAAUUUUUUUUCGAUCGCCUAAUUUGUGAAAAUGUGUUAUUUAUCAUUGGUGAACCAGAUAAAAAGAAUAUGAAUAGUUCACGUAUUCCUGUCUAUACAUCACAUGGACCAUCUGAAACAUCCGUCAAGAAUAUGGUUCAUUUUAUGCAAUGUGGAAGAUCAAAUCAAUUUCAAGCUUAUAAUUAUGGUUCACCAGAAAAAAAUGAAUUACAUUACAAUCAAACAAGUCCACCACUAUAUUCUAUUCGUCCAAUGACAGUACCAACAGCAUUAUUUUGA